AUGGCGGGUCGAAAUCAGCCGCCCCGUUUCACGGCUCCCCCUGAGACUCGGGUGUAUCGACCCACGCUCACUCAAUUUGUCGACCCCAUGCGCUACAUUGAGAGCAUUCGCGCCGAGGCCGAAACCUAUGGCGUCGUCAAGAUUGUGCCCCCCACGGGCUGGAACAUGGAGUUUGCCUUGAGUGACGACUCCUUUCACUUCCAACCUCGUGUCCAGGUUCUGUCUGAAUUGGAAGGCCAAAGCCGGGCGCGCAAUGACUUUUUGGAGCGCCUUGAGGAAUACUGGCGGCUUCAAGGCUCCAAACUGCGUGACGCCCCGGUUAUCGAUGGCCAACCCAUUGACCUCUUCGCCCUGUACAAGGUCAGCCCGACCCCGAGCUGA